GAGACCACCUACCUGGAGCUCCUGGACGCGAGGCGCUGCCGGCUAGAGGUCCUCCAAGUCGUGUGCCUCGUGACGGACUGCAAGGCCCGGUCGGCGCCCGAGCUUCUGCGCGCCUCGGUAAAGGCGGCGUGGAUCCAUCGGUGGACAGGCCGCACCUCGGUGGCGGCGCAGCGGGCCUUCGCAGCCUCUCUGGUGCACCUGCCCCUGGACGGCCUCGCCUGCGAUGGCGACGAACCCCGGUUGCAAGACGUCCUUGCGGAC